CGUGAAGGCGAAUAUAUUUGCAGACCUGCUCGACCGCAGAAGGACCUAUUGUAUGCAUGACGGGUCGCUAGCGGCCGUUCGAGCGCUACAGAGGACACUUGCCUGCCGUUUCUAGCACUGUCGUCGUCGAUAUAGCUACGUUAUAACGUGGUUGUUGUAAUUUGACACAAAGUACACUCGCGUGCGAGGAAAGCCAUACUUCAGUUUACAAUGCGUGCAUCUCUUGCAGAAAUAGGUUUCCUCGGCUCGUUUCAUUGAAAUCUCUUCACGGUGACUUCCACUGAUCUCUCGGUAGGUUCGUCUAUCCAUCGUCUGAUGCUGUGACCGGAGGAAUGUGACAGAGACGGUGGACGGUUACCUCGAUAUUUACCCACGAUCGUCUGUCUGAUUGCUCGGCCGUGACAUCACGCCACUCGUGUCGCGGGGCUGAAGAGGACGGAGCAAUUUGCGGUGUUUUAAACAGUGAGACAGCAGCUCGCUUAAUUACAUUACCCUGAUUUUCGGUCAACCGGGAAUACACGAGGAGUCGUGCCUGCGUGCGCGCAGCCGUGCAAUUUACUAGGAGAUAUUUAUCACUGCUCGCGCCCUAUCUGUGAAUGGCAGGGGCUUGCCAGUAAGAUUGCCUGCGAUUGACGUUGAUGCUGCGGCUGGAAUAGGCACACAUCACAGCAGCGGAGGAUUUUUCCAUCGAAUUCGAACCGCGAAAAAAUGUUCUGACGUAAAGCCACGCUACCCGGGUUUGCUAUCGAGCUAUCGUAGACAAACAGGAAGGACUCCCGCGAGAGCGACAACUGACAUUAGGAGAGAGCUCCUCAAACUUGCUUCAUGAUGGCGGGAUCCUGCCAAGCCGACCAGAUGUCAAUAGACUUCGACGGCAACGUCACGCCGCCGAUUCGACACUGGCAACCACUAACGUACGCACACCAGUCGAAGAUGGCUCUGCCUAUGCUCGGCUACAUCUGUCCGCUUUUGAUCCUCAUCACCAUAGUCUUUAACACGCUAGUCGUCAUUGUCCUCUUCAAGAAGCACAUGCGAACUGCGACCAACAUGCUUCUGACGGCGAUGGCCAUCUCCGAUAUGCUGACUGGCGUCGUCAAUCUGCCGUGGUGGAUCUACUACUACGUAUUCAAUAACUACCACGAUCCCGUCUCGCUGGCCUGGUGCAAGACCUACUACUACGUCGGCGAGUUCCUGCCCAUCAUAUUUCACACAGCGUCGAUCUGGUUAACGAUGGCGCUGGCAAUACAGCGCUACAUCUUCGUGUGCCACCCGACCUACUCGAAGUCAUGGUGCUCGAUGGAGCGCGUAAAGUGGAACAUCUUUCUCAUCUACGUCGCCAGCACCGUCUACAACGUGCCGCGCUUCUUCGACACCGACUACGUCAUGUGCGAAACGCCGUGGCCGCUACGCGCCAACGUCACCGAGAACUCGACGAACAUAGUCAAUCACUGCUUCAAGGACUUCAAGCCGUGGGUGUGGCGCAUCGGACUAAACGUUUACUUCAACAUCUACUACUGGUUCCGUGUGAUACUCGUGCACGUCAUACCGUGCACAACCCUGAUCGUACUCAACAGCCUCCUGCUCGCGGCGAUGCGACAGGCCGCUGAACGACGGAAGAAGCUCAUGCAGGAGAAUCGCAAGUCGGAAUCGAAGAAGCUGCGCGAAUCCAACUGCACGACUGGCAUGCUCAUCGUCGUUGUCAGCGUGUUUCUUGUCGUCGAGGUGCCGCUAGCAAUCGUCUUCAUUCUGCAUAUCUGUCAGAACACGUUCGAACUGCAGGUCGUAUCGAUCGAUGUGCUCAACACUGUGACGCUGACGACGGCGUUUCUUAUAAUCUUGUCCUACCCGAUAAACUUCUGCAUCUACUGCGGCAUGAGCAAGCAGUUUCGCAACACCUUCAAGCACUUGUUCGUCAAGGACAACAUGGUGCGGAGCCACAGCGGCAACAGCACGCGCUACACUUGCAUAGCGAAUAACGAAACAACCGUGCUCUAACGGGGAAUGCGCCUUCGGUGCUGAAUAUACUACAUACACUCACAGUUUGUCGAUACACUAUAUAGUGUGGCUGGUUCAUCAAUGACGCGUCGCACGGGUGUGUUUUUUUGGUAUCAGCAUAACUCACAACGAUAUACUGUGCCAACUCUAUGAAUAUAGAUAGUUGGGCGAGAGUCGAUACAGAUAUCUGAUGACAUGCUAACGUUGUUUCCGAUUCCCUAGCUAAAUCUAUUCGUAACUAAAGAAUUUAACUCAGCAUCAACGAUUUCUUGGCCAGCGAUAAAAUGUACCACAUCAAAGUGAUUCGUAAAAGCCCAUUACUGUUAUGUAUCAUAUGCGCGCGCGCGCCGUCACUAUAAUGAUGAAAUAUAUAGCCUUAAUUCAAGCAAUUGCGUUCUCGAGACUGUACAUACAUUUAGCCAACAAUGGAUUUCCGUACAUAUUCCUCGAGCGACACGGUCAUCAAAUAGCGCAUUAGUAAUCUGUGUUUAUUAGAUUUUAGGAUAUCAUGAUCGGAACAAUAGAUUGUUUCAUCGCCGAGUUUGAGUUUAGCAUCUUAAGUUUCGCUAUAUUAGUCAGUGCUCUCAUUUUAGCGGUACAAUCUGCACGGCUGGCAAGUACGGCUUAGUAUUGAGACAAUGAUGUCGUUUGUGACGAUUAGUAAGCUAAAUCAGUAAAACCGAAUUAGACGUGAACGUCUGAGCUCUACUGUAUUUAUUCAUCGAUAUAACAUCGCGUAUAAUAUUUGUUUUGUUUAGUAUUGAUUAUAAUGUUAUACAAGAGGUGGAACAUAUGGUUGCUGGCGUUAUAUCUCCACCAGGACGCGAUAGUAGGCCUAAACGUUGAUUAUCGUAUUGUUAUUAUGAUUCCAGAUUCUAUUUAUAUCAGUAUGCCGGGGGAAAUGGCUAAAUUAGUAUAGACUAGAGAGGUUGUUCUAAGCGGCAAUCGUGGGAAACAUAUGCGAAGAAGUAUGCGCAUUUGUUUAGUUUUCGCAUCUGUUGUUUUAUAAACCCGUGCUUCAUCAUGUUCCUUAUUAAACUCAGAAUAUCCAUCCGAAUAUAAUUCGGUUCUUCUGUAGACGCAAUGCAAACUUCGUAACCGACACGCCCGCUGACUCGGUGCAUUAUAAGCUCGGAGUGUUUACCGAGAUUAUUGAUUGCAAACUAUAGGUGUUGUGAUAAGUCGCAGUUCGUCUUCAUGAUUCAGUAACCAUCUGGAUGAAAACCGAAUUAGAAUAAUCAAGCAACCUUUCGCAUUUCCUAUGAUGAAUUAAUGAGUAACGGGGUAGUUUAAGAAACGCACGCACACGCCCACGUGCACGCCAGGCAUGUACGCACACGUAUA